CCCCGCUGCCAGGAGGAACGCGCGCUCGGCAGGCGCAGCAGCCACCCACCGCCACCACACUGCACCCAGCCUUUGGGUCAGUUCUUCCCAAAGGGAAGCGGUAUCUGCUAACAGAAGAAGAUAUAAAGUUACAAGAAUUUCAGCAGAUGAAAGUGGCGAUUAGAAAUGAGCUUCAUGGCAAUAAAGAUCAAUAUUUUAAAAAUAUUGAAGAAAAACUAAAGAAAAAUGGAAUCAUUCUCAGAAAUGAAUUAAAAAAUUUGCUGCAUUUAUGUCAGAAUUCAUCUGAUGUGGAGCUAGCCAGAAAAAUUAUUUACAGGUACCAUGAACAGAAUAGAAUCACAGCAUUACAUAAUUUUAAAUUUGGGCCACUCUUUAUGAGGCUGUGUUAUGAGCUAGAUCUUGAAAGACCUGCAGUAGAACUUAUCAAAGAUCAGAAUUUGCAUGGUUUUUUCUCAGACAGUACAUCAUUCCAUAUUUUGAUGACUAUGUUGUUUAAAAAGGGCCAUUUUGAAAGUGCUUUGGAAGUUCUGGUUGAAAUGAAAAAACAAGGUAUACCUUUCAGCAGAGAAACCUAUCUACUUGCAGUUGCAAUAUGCUAUAAAUUGGACAACCCAGAGUCUUCCAAAAUCUCUGCGAGACUGCUUGAAGAAGCACAGCUAAAAGGUGACACGUUGCCCCUGCGAGCAUACUGCUUUGCAAUGGCGGCUGCUCUCAAGCAGAACGAUGUAGCACAAGCCAAAUUUUACUGUUCCCAGAUAAUGAGAACAGAGAACAAACUAUACAAUAACCUUAAAGUUCUCGUCCAGCUCAGAUCUGGUUUGCUAAAAGAAGUAAUAAAAACAUUAGAGUCAGCAGUGGAAGUAGAUACACCUCCCUUUGUGAAAAGAACUGAGUUUUCUGAACAGGUGCUGGCUGCAGUCAGGGAAAAGAUGGAAGAGAGCCCUGACCUUUCUGUCAAAUUAGGAAAUAUUUAUAAGAAACUACAAGCUUCAGGACAGAUAACCAUGUGCACGCUGGAAGACAUGCUUUUCCAGAUUCCUAGUUCAAAGAAGACCACUGCAAAGCUUUUAAAUCAAAAACAAUUGGGCUGUCAGGGUGCUAAUCCAUUUUGGUCAAAUCUGUUGUUAGGAUAGCUCUGUAUUUGAUGCCAAACUGAACUGCUGAUAGCAUCUCUUAUAAUCCGAGUUCAAAUAAAAUGUCUUUUCCGUUUUUACAGAGUGAGAGUUUUAAGUUGUUUGUAUAAAAUUUCAUUUUAAAAACAGAUCAUGUAGCUUCCAUGUUUUAAUUUUGAUCCUAAAAACAAGCUGCAACAGUGGGUAUUUGUAUGUUGUUCAGAAAUGGGAAUGAUAAAAAGGCUUGACUUUUUCCUUAGGCUUUUGUAUCAGGAUUUUCCUAUGCUAAAUAUUCUGGAAGUGAAUGGAUGGAAGUGAGCAAAAUGAGCAAAGUGGUAUGAGUAUCUGUCCUGACUUCUGUGGUUCAUGAGAAGAAAAUUUGAUCUUCAUCAGAUUAAUUGUUUUGACUGAAAGGAUAGAAGAUGCAAGAGUCCAGAUAAAAGAGCAUGGAAGUGCUUGAAGUGUUAAUUCAAAGUCUGUAGAUCUCAAGGGAAUCAGGGGGAAGCAUAAAUCUUUUGUUCACUUUAAUAUCUUUUUCUUCUAAAGAAAUAUAUUAGUAUUUUUCUCCUGUCAACUGGGAUCAUGGAAAUGCCAUGGUGACCAAGUGGUUGUUUUCUCACUUGAAGGAAAUUCCUGAUCAAAAGUCACUCUCAGAGUGAGUGCACAAAAUGUUUCCUUCUUUUUUUCUGAUGUUAAGAUUCCUAGAUAAGCCAAUCUUGAUACAAAUUUGCAACUAAGUAAUAAAAAAUUUUAGAGCAAUUCUGGCCACAUUUUUAGCUAUAAUUACACCAUCUGCAUAAUUUACCCUAUUUUUUGAUUGAAAAAAAGUACAAAGAAGCUUUACUUUGUCCAGCUUUAAUGACUCUAGAUCAAAUAUGCUGGACUCUAGCAAUAAAAAGUUGUUUGUGUCUGUGAAUCCUGUGUACCCAAGAAUCUGAACUCACUCACCAUCCGGAAUAGAAGGAAUUGGAUACAGAGAUGUCUUGGCUAACAUUCAUGUGCCUUUGGAUUCCUUUGCAUGUGAAAUGGUGAACACAUUGAUAAAAGAACCUGGCAGUCUUGUAAACAGAAGACUAGGUGGAACUCAGCUUGAUACAAGCUGAGUUGGGCUGAAUUAUCUCUCCUCUACCUUCUGUUUAUUUUGUCUCUGCCCUGCUCAAGCAAAAGUCAUAACUCAGAGUACAUUUUCUGUGAAUAAAUAUCUGCAUCUAUGUCACUGAAGUCAGUGGGACACCAAAGAAACAAGAACUCAUCAAUGCUUCAAAACAAAUGUGGCUUCAGUCAGUGGGAUGUUUCCUUCUGAAGCUCUAGCUGUGUAACUUAUUUCUUUUGUCACAGUGUGUCUUGUUAAUAUUUAAAAUGUGCAAAAACUGUUACAAAGUAGAUGGAAUUGCAUGCAAGUGAAGAAUAAUAUGAAGUGUGUAUCGCACUUCUGUGAAUCGUGUGUACCCUUUUUAUGAUUGGUGGCACAGACUAAAGUACUACAGACAGUAAUCUAAAACCACAGCUAUUAAUUUUUCUGUAAUAUUGUGUAGUAUGUAAUUCCACAUGUAGUUUCCCUUUGUUGAAAAUUCUUUCAACAUUUCCAAUACUAUGUGGUGGACCCUUUGGAAGUUCUCAAUCAUUUCUCCACAAAUAAAUUUGAUAUGAGAUUUGUAAAGGCUGCUUGCACUGUGGCAUGGAUUAGUGGUAAAAAAUUAAAAGGAAUUAAUUACUGUUCAGUUUACUUUGUUUGUAUGGGCAGGAAAACUGUCUGGUGUCAUCCAGUACAAUUGGGACCACUCUUUUGAUGUUGAAAGUGUAUAAAUGCCAUGUUUUUAAAGGCCAUCAAAAGACAGUUUAACCCAUUUAGUUUUACAUAGCAAAUAAAUAAAGUCAGUUAUGUUUAACUUCCUAACUUGGCACUUUAAAACUUGUAUUAAUUACAAGAAGUUGUUGCACCCCUAGGACUGUGCAUGUGUGCUUGUUCAUUCUAAUGAGAAUUGUUUAGCUUCCUAACCAAGGCUGUCUCCUACCUGCAACUGAAGUAAUCAUAACUUUUAUUAAAAUUGUCAAAAUA